UCAUUCGCGGUAUCACUAUGGAGGACGGCGGAGUGCUGGUGGAGAGAGCUCCGGAAGACGUGUCGGCCGUGCUUACUUCACGACCCCAGACCGGCUUGUCUUUCUUGGCCCCGGAACCUGAAGAUCUGGAAGAUCUCUACAGCAGAUAUAAGAAGUUGCAGCAGGAGCUGGAGUUCUUGGAGGUGCAGGAGGAGUACAUUAAAGAUGAGCAGAAGAACCUGAAGAAGGAGUUCCUCCAUGCUCAGGAGGAAGUGAAGAGGAUACAGAGCAUCCCUCUGGUCAUCGGUCAGUUCCUGGAGGCUGUGGACCAGAACACUGCCAUUGUGGGAUCCACCACAGGCUCCAACUACUAUGUACGAAUCCUGAGCACUAUAGACAGAGAGCUGCUGAAGCCCAAUGCCUCAGUGGCUCUGCAUAAGCACAGCAAUGCCUUGGUGGACGUUCUGCCCCCAGAGGCGGACAGCAGCAUCAUGAUGCUCACCUCAGAUCAGAAGCCGGAUGUCAUGUAUGCUGAUAUUGGUGGGAUGGACAUACAGAAGCAGGAGGUGCGGGAGGCCGUGGAGCUGCCCCUCACACACUUCGAGCUCUAUAAACAGAUUGGUAUUGACCCUCCCAGGGGUGUGCUGAUGUACGGUCCCCCUGGCUGUGGGAAGACUAUGCUGGCCAAAGCUGUGGCUCAUCACACUACAGCGGCCUUUAUCCGUGUGGUGGGCUCAGAGUUUGUCCAGAAGUAUCUCGGUGAAGGCCCCCGCAUGGUGCGUGACGUAUUCAGAUUGGCCAAAGAGAACGCUCCGGCCAUCAUCUUCAUCGACGAGAUCGAUGCCAUCGCUACCAAGCGUUUUGAUGCACAGACUGGAGCUGACCGAGAGGUGCAGAGGAUCCUCCUUGAGCUGCUGAACCAGAUGGACGGUUUCGAUCAGAAUGUGAAUGUGAAGGUCAUCAUGGCCACUAACAGGGCAGAUACCCUGGACCCCGCUCUGCUGCGUCCCGGCCGGCUGGACCGAAAGAUCGAGUUCCCCCUGCCGGACCGCAGGCAGAAACGACUCAUCUUCUCCACCAUCACCAGCAAGAUGAACCUGUCUGAGGAGGUGGACCUGGAGGACUACGUUGCCAGGCCGGACAAGAUUUCUGGAGCGGAUAUUAACUCCAUAUGCCAAGAGGCUGGGAUGCUGGCUGUGCGUGAAAACCGCUACAUUGUUCUGGCCAAGGAUUUUGAGAAGGCCUAUAAAACGGUCAUCAAGAAGGACGAGCAGGAGCACGAAUUCUACAAGUAGAGAAAUCCCUCCCUGUAUAUCAGCAUCAGCCUGAUUCCUUUGUUCCAUUUGAUUUUUCUCAUUUUCAGCGUUUAUUUGUACGUACAGUAUGUUGUUGGUCUAGGAGGCUGCGCUCGAGUCUCUGGGCUUCAGUAAAGGGACUCACUGCGCAGGUGUUCAUGUAAACAAAUAUACACACACACACACACACUUCU